CGGCGGCGCGCUGGACUGUGCGCGCGCGGGAGCGGAGGCGCGGGGCCUCUCAGGAUGGCGGGCGGCUCGCCGCGCUUCCUGAAGGCGCUGCCUGCCGAGCACGGGCCGGAGCCUGUGAGGACGCGGGUGCAGGAACAGGACUUACAGCAGUGGGGCUUGACUGGGAUUCGUCUACGUUCUUACCAACUGGAGGGAGUCAAUUGGCUAGUCCAGUGCUUCCAUUGCCAGAAUGGCUGCAUCCUGGGAGAUGAGAUGGGCCUGGGGAAGACCUGCCAGACUAUCGCCUUCCUCAUUUACUUGGUGGGGAGACUGAACGACGAAGGGCCGUUUCUGAUUCUUUGUCCCUUGUCUGUUUUGAGCAACUGGAAAGAAGAGAUGGAGAGAUUUGCUCCAGGUCUCUCCUGUGUGAUGUACACAGGUGACAAGGAAGAGAGAGCCCGCCUUCAGCAGGACCUACGACAGGAGUCAGGUUUUCACGUGCUGCUGACGACCUAUGAGAUUUGCUUGAAAGACGCCUUAUUUCUAAAAUCCUUCUCUUGGAGUGUUCUUGCUGUGGAUGAAGCUCACAGAUUGAAAAACCAGAGUUCCUUGCUGCACAGGACACUUUCAGAGUUCUCAGUGGUCUUCCGUCUCCUGCUUACCGGAACGCCCAUCCAGAACAGCCUCCGGGAGCUCUACUCCCUCCUCUGUGUCGUGGAGCCUGAUCUGUUCUGCAGAGAGCAGGUGGAAGAUUUUGUUCAGCGUUACCAGGACAUUGAGAAAGAGUCCAAAUCAGCAAGUGAGCUGCACAGACUCUUGCAGCCGUUUCUCCUAAGGCGAGUGAAAGCUCAGGUAGCCACAGAGCUUCCCAAGAAGACAGAGGUGGUGAUAUACCAUGGCAUGUCAGCACUGCAGAAAAAGUACUACAAGGCCAUCUUGAUGAAAGACCUGGAGGCAUUUGAGAAUGAGACAGCAAAGAAAGUCAAACUCCAGAAUAUCCUAACGCAGCUUCGGAAGUGUGUGGACCAUCCGUAUCUGUUUGAUGGUGUGGAACCAGAGCCCUUUGAAGUUGGAGAGCACCUGAUUGAGGCCAGUGGGAAGCUUUACUUGCUGGACAGGCUGCUGGCAUUUCUGUAUUCUGGGGGCCAUCGGGUUUUACUUUUCUCCCAAAUGACCCACAUGCUGGAUAUUCUGCAGGACUAUAUGGAUUACAGAGGGUAUAGCUACGAGCGUGUGGAUGGCUCCGUGAGAGGCGAGGAGAGACACCUGGCCAUUAAGAACUUUGGAAACCAGCCCAUUUUUGUUUUUCUCCUGAGCACCCGGGCAGGUGGAGUGGGCAUGAACUUAACAGCAGCAGAUACCGUUAUUUUUGUCGACAGCGAUUUCAAUCCUCAGAAUGACUUGCAGGCGGCUGCCAGAGCUCACCGAAUUGGCCAGAACAAGUCUGUUAAAGUCAUCCGGCUGAUCGGCCGAGACACCGUGGAAGAGAUUGUGUAUAGGAAGGCGGCCUCCAAACUGCAGCUUACCAACAUGGUCAUAGAAGGGGGCCAUUUCACACUAGGAGCCCAGAAACCUUCAGCAGAGGCUGACUUCCAGUUAAGUGAGAUUCUCAAAUUCGGCUUGGAUAAGCUGCUGUCCUCUGAGGGGAGUUCCAUGGAAGAUAUAGACCUGAGAUCCAUCCUGGGAGAAACCAAAGAUGGCCAGUGGACCCCUGAUGCUCUGCCUGCAGCCACAGAAGGAGGAAGCAGAGAGCAAGAGGAAGGAAAAAACCAUAUGUACUUAUUUGAAGGCAGAGACUAUUCUAAGGAGCCCAGUAAGGAAGACAGAAAGUCAUUUGAACAGCUGGUAAAUCUUCAGAAAACUCUUCUAGAGAAAACAAGUCAUGGGGGCCGGACCCUCCGGAAUAAAGGCAGCGUUCUUAUCCCAGGCCUUGCAGAAGGGCCCACCAAAAGGAAGAAGAUUCUUAGCCCAGAAGAGCUGGAGGACAGACGGAAGAGAAGACAGGAAGCAGCGGCCAAGAGAAAGAAACUAAUGGAGGAGAGGAAGAAGGAGAAGGAGGAGGCCGAACACAGGAAGAAGAUGGCUUGGUGGGAAUCCAAUGGUUAUCAGUCCUUCUGUCUGCCCUCGGAGGACAGCGAGCUUGAGGACCUGGAGGACGGAGAUGAGACUUCUGCUGAGCUAGAUUAUGAAGAUCUAAACUCAACCUCCAUUAACUAUGUUAGCGGUGAUGUCACCCACCCCCAGGCUGGCGAAGAAGAUGCUGUCAUUGUGCACUGUGUAGAUGAUUCUGGCCGCUGGGGCAGAGGCGGCUUAUUCACAGCUCUGGAAGCACGGUCAGCUGAACCAAGGAAAAUAUACGAGCUGGCUGGGAAAAUGGAAGACUUGAGUUUGGGCAGUGUCCUUUUAUUUCCUAUCGAUGAUAAAGAGUCACGAGACAAGGGGCAAGAUCUGUUGGCCUUGGUUGUGGCUCAGCACCGCGAUCGCACCAAUGUCCUGUCUGGCAUUAAGAUGGCAGCCCUAGAAGAGGGCCUGAAGAAGAUAUUUUUAGCAGCAAAGAAAAAGAAAGCAAGUGUUCAUCUUCCACGAAUUGGACAUGCUACAAAGGGUUUUAACUGGUAUGGUACAGAAAGACUUAUUCGGAAACAUUUGGCUACGCGAGGCAUCCCGACUUACAUAUACUACUUUCCCAGAAGUAAAGCUGCAGCACGCCAUUCACAGCCUGCAUCCCCCACCUCAGCACCACUGGUUCCUUAGCAACCAGCCCAGCGUUGGGUCCAGUUUUCAGCAAUCAGUUAGCCCCCAGAGUGACUGUUUAAGUUUUCAGGAAACAAGGCUGUCUUUGGCCAUAUUCUCUGCUCUGGAAUUUCUGGGCUAGUUUUUUUCUGAAUUCUAAUUUUGUUCCCCUGGAAGUGUAGCUGUGAUUCAGUACCUGUAAUACAGGAACACACAGCGUAUAUGGGAAAGCCCUUUGGCUUCAGAUUGCCUAAGUUGGUAUAAUAAUAAAUUGCCUAUUGUUAAUGAU